AUGAACUCCGGCGCCUUGAUUACAUGCUCGGCCACCCACAGCACCGACAUCACGGGCAUCAAGGGCGCAGCGCUCGGCCGCCGCGCCCUCUACUUCACGACCUGGUCCGGCCCCGGCCUCUACUCCGUCAGCCUCGCCUCCGGCCGCGUGCGCUGGCAGUUCCCCCUCAACAACUGGUUCGCAUACUGGCGCAAAGAGAUCGACCUCCCCCCGUCCGCGAGCUUUGAGGACGCGGCGGAGGGCGGCGCCGGCACCGUGUUCGCAACUGCGGCCGGCCCACCCGCGCGGGUCUACGGGCUAAGAGUCAAACGCGGGCCGACGGAGCAGCGGUGGGAGUGGAGGGCGGACCUGCCGCUGGGGCGGCUGGCUGACGUGGCGGGCCCUGAGGAGGCGGACUCGUGCCGCCGCCGAAGCCUGGUGGGGAACCGCGGCGGCGGAGCCGAUGCGGAGGGCGGCGGCGGCAGCAGCAGCGGCGCAGGCGUGCUUGCUGACGACGAUGAUGAUGAUGGUGAAGGCGCGGACUGCUUCGUGGGCGCCCCGCAGGCGCCCGCGCCGGCACCGCCGCCGCCGCCGCCCAAGCCGGUGCUGUACCUGGCUCUCGUCAGCCCCGACGGCUCCGGCAGCUGGCUGCAGGCGCUGUCGCUGGCCGACGGCUCGCCGCUGUGGACCGGCGAAAUCGAGCCUGGCGUCACGUUUGAGCGCAUGGAGCUCGACGGGCCGCGGCUGCUGGUGGCAGACGAGGAGGCGGGGGUGAUUUUGGCGUAUGACAAGGCAACGGGGCAGCUCCUGUGGCGGCGCGAGGGCGCCUUCUGCGCGACGCCGAGCCCGAUCGCACGUGUAUACGCGCCGGAGCGGCCACGCACGCGCAGCGGCGACGCCGGCGGCGCCGGCAGCAGAAGCAGCCGCGGCGGCGGACGGGGUUUGCAGGGCAGCAAUGAUGGUAGCGGCAGCGGCGGCCACAGCAGUGUCGGGGGCGUUCUCUUGCUCUCUCGCGACUGUGACGCGCUCGACGGCCUCUCGGCAGUUGACAGCGCGACGGGCAAAGCCCUGUGGACGGGCCUCGACGCACCGCACGCCGCCCGCGCCGACGGCGGGUGCUCGUGGCUCGAGGUGGACGGGGGCGUCGCGUACCUAGGCUGCAACUGCCCCGCUGAUGACGCCCCCGUGGCCGCCCGAGGCGCCACCUCACCACGACCGCGAUUGAAACUCCGGCAGCGCGGCCGCCUCGACGGCCAGCCGCGGCUGCGGCCGCGCCACGGCGCCAACACAAGCACGGUGUGUGUGUAUGCCGUUGACCUGGUCACGGGAAAGCGCGAGUGGUGGAGCGAGGUGGAGAUCCCGGGUGUCGCAGCGUUCGACCCCCUCGGACAGGUGUGGGGCCAAGGCCCUGUGGUCAUGCGCCCAAGCUCGCGCCGCGCCGCUCUUGGCGGCGACGGUGGCAAUGGCGGUGUCCCCGCGCAAGGUGGCGGGCGCAUUACCAGUGGCGACGGCAGCGACGGCGGCGGCGGCGGCAGGGUGGUUGCUUUCCUGACAAACACCACAGUCGUCGGGGUCAGUGCUUUAAGCGGCAAGGCGUUGUGGCAGCUGACGCUGCCGCCUGGCGAGUGGCUCGCGCCCUGGCAGCUGCCGGCCCAGAUGCUGCCGCCCGGGGACGAGCGCCGCGUCGGCGCGAGCCCGCUGCUGCUGCUGCACUCGCUGCGCGGCGCGGGCAACCGGACGUCCGUGUAUGCGUUGGACGGCCUCAGCGGCAAGCAGGCGUGGACGCGGGCGUUCAACGGCUCCAUGCAGCCGCCGCUGCACCCGUCUGACGGGGGCUUCGCGCUGCCCGUCGGGCCGCUCGUGUUUUCGGAGGCCUGCCGCCGCGGCCGCUGCUGCCUGCGGGCGCUCAACGCGACGACAGGCAAGCAGGCCUGGGCGGUGUGCCUCGACGCGGAGCGCGGCACCGACCCGACCAACCCGCGCGCCCAGUUUGCGAUCUGGGUCGUCACCCUGGUAACGAUCGCGUCCGUCGCGGCGCUCAUCCUCGGCGCCGCGCUGCUGUACGUCCACCGCUGGGCGGACGAGCGCUCGCUGCUCAGCGGCGGCGGCGACCAGGGCAGCGAGUAUGAGGCGCUGGCGCCGAGCGGGCGGCGGCACCUGGCACCCGGCAGCCGCGGGGGGUCGAGCGGGUCGGACGACGAGGGCGGGGGCGGCGGCACCGCACCGCGCCUCAGCUUGUUUGCGCGUGCGGGCGGUGCAGCGGCGACGGUGCUGGGCGGCCCGCCCAGCCCGGGCAGCAUCGCCGCAGCUGCAGUCGCGCUGGACAGUGGCAGUGGCAGCGGCCAGGGAGCAGGCGGCGCCAGGGUUGGUGGGUUGCUCGGGCAGCAGCUGUUUGGCGGGCGGGAGCGCGUGCCGCCUAGGGGCGCGAGGCGGCCAGCGGAUGAUGCGGCGGCGGCACAAGUCGGUGCCGGCGGCCCCGCCAUUCCGUACCGGCCCAGGGUCUCUUAG